GUUUCUCUGAAUUAAACGUGUUUGAACGUGUUCAACCUGUUGAUUGACCACUUGAAAGAAAAAGGACUUAUUGAUUUUAAUAACUUUAGGAUUUGUUACUGGCACAUCUACUCAUUGGAGGAGUCAGCCAUAAGGGAAGGAAGGAAGGAUUCUAAUAACUCGUCUGAAAAUUUAGACAGAAUUUUAGUGAGUUGUGUUGUAAUAAUUAUACAAUAUUCACGUGAAUUAUGGUCAGAACAAAGGCCGGUUCCAGUUCAGCGAAAGCCGUUGGUGCUAAGGCACCCCAUAAAGUGUCAAACACGGCUGCUUUACGUUCAUCUGGUUCGUCAGAGGGAGGAGGCAAGGGAAGAGAUUACUCUGGAGGAAAUCCAUACCAUCCACGUGAAACCCCCAACUGGCAAAAGCCUAUCACGUCCUUCUUUCAACAAGAAGCUUCGAAGGACAAAGAAGAAUCUACUGCUUCGGAAAUUUCUGCCUCUUCUAUGGAUAAGGAUAUUGCGCAAUCACCUACUGAGAAGAGCGAUGAUUAAGCUGUACGUAUGUCUAAUUACCACUUGGAUACUGUUCUCUAUAAGGCUAUUAUAUAUGAAAUAAAUUUAAUUUAUUUUUUUA